AUGAUCGGCAUCGAUGAGGCAUAUGCCCACGAUGAUGAAGGAUAUGGCAGUGCCCCCCCAUCCCCGGUGGCCAUGCGUAGUUCCCCCCCCACCAGCGAUGACAUAUUAGGAGCAUUGACACAGGAGCAGCGCCAGCAUCCCGACCGAACGUUCCCCGAAUGGGUCACAUAUUUGGUGGAUUUAUUCAUGGUUCGUGGGACCAAUGGCCCCGUCCAGUGGUGGUUAGAUUUACGUACGUACGGACGGACGAUAUUUAUGAAUACCCCCAGCGAGGGUCAUAUCGGGUGGAAGUCCGGAGAUGAAUUGUUGUACAAACAGAUCCAUUUUACCAUGGGCCAUUUCCGCGGAUUUGUGCAUGGGUUGGUUGGCCGGUUACGGCAGCAGUUGGUCCACGAGUUGAUGUUUUGCACCGAUCACCCGCCCCCAGCCAUCCCGUGGGAUCAUUUGUACGAUGAUGCCACGCAGAGUGCCACCGGAUGGAGUUUUUUACAGGAUUUACGUACAUCGUGGCCGGUCCAGGGUCCGACGUGGUUCAUGGAGCGUAUCCGCCACGAGCCCCGAUUACAGCGUCAGUUUGUACAGUCCCACGGGGCCGGGUUCCGGAUGCCCGCCAUCGAUCGGUUUUUUCGAGUGGUGAGCCAGUUCCGUGAGCGGUUAAGCGUGGCCGUCCAUGUUUGUGCCGGUCAACCCAGCCGGGGUCCCGAGUUAAUGAGCAUCCGGCAUCGUAACAGUGAGCGAGAGCGCCGCAAUAUAUUCAUUGAGGAUGGCAUGGUCACAUUUGUCAGUCGAUACCAUAAGGGGUUCCAUGUGGCCAAUGAUACCAAGGUGAUUUUCCGAUAUUUACCCCGGGAGAUUGGUGAGUUGGUCAUAUGGUAUUUAUGGUUAGUAUUGCCAUUUGUGGAGCAGAUGCAGUCAUAUCAGCGGCAUAUACGGGGCGAAGCCGCCACCAUCGGUCGACGGGCCGAGUAUGUAUGGUCCCCGGAUCCCGAUCGGCAGACCGAGUGGAGUAGCGUCCGGUUACGGGAGGUAUUGAAGCGCGAGACCGCGAUUGGAUUGGAUGGGCAGAAGUUGGGAUUACAGGCAUACCGUGACAUCGCCAUCGCCAUCAGCCGGCGGUAUUUACGCCCCAGCAGUCAGUUCCAGGCCAACACCGAGGAGGAGGCCCCCGACAUUGACGACGAGACAUCCAUGGAUGAUGAUGGGAUCCGAGCAUUCAUUGCGGAUAUCCAGGCCGCGCAUUCCGCCAGCAUUGCCGGGACGCAAUAUGGCCGGAUGAUGAUGGAGAAUCCCAACACCACGGCCCGGCACCGCGAGUUAUUCCGCCAGGUGAGCCAGGAUUGGCAUUAUUUUUUAGGAUUCGAGUCCACCCGUAUCGAACAUGACCGCCGGGCCCCCGGCACCAAGCGUAAGCCCAACCCAUGGGAAGUCGAAACGGCCGAGGCCCGUACGCAGCGUCGAUAUGAUUUACACCAGACCAACAUAGACGAGGCAUUCCAGCACAUGAUGGGGAGCAACACCGUAGCAUUGCGGGGGCAACAGGGUCCCGUAUUACAAGCCAUCAAGCAUGGGGUAAGCCCCAUUGUGGCGGUCAUGCCCACCGGGGGAGGUAAGAGUGUGUUGUUUAUGUUGCCCGCGUGGGUGAGUGGCCGUGCCGGGUUAACCAUCGUGGUUGUUCCAUUGAUUGCAUUACGCGGUGACAUGGAAGCACGAUGCCAGCGAUUGGGGAUUUCAUGUGCGGUAUGGGACCCCCGACGGCCACCCGAUGGGGUAUCCAUCGUAUUGAUCACGCCCGAGAGCACCGACAGCGAUGCAUUUGCCGAUUUUGUGACCCGGCAGCGGAUGUUACAGCGAUUAGAUCGGAUUGUGGUGGACGAGUGCCAUAUGGUAUUAAGUCAACAGGAGCGAUUCCGGCCAUUAUUCCAGCAGUUGGGCAAGUUACGAACCGCAGCCACCCAGAUCGUGAUGUUGACCGCGACAUUGCCCCCCCCGCAGCGAGGAAUUAUUAUUCCAUCGGAUGCAUUGGGUCCGGGAUCAAGUGGUAUUAUAUCGGGGCCACACCAGCCGGCCCAAUAUCGCAUAUCGUGUCCAUACGAUCCCCGUAGACGAUGGAUAUGA